AUGCGAGAAUGUAUUAGUAUUCAUGUUGGUCAAGCUGGCGUUCAAAUCGGCAAUGCAUGUUGGGAACUGUACUGUCUUGAACAUGGUAUUGAACCUGAUGGAACAUUUUGCAAGGAACGAGAUAAUAGUCAUAUUAUCAAAUCAAUAUCAGAUUCCAAGGAAACGUCAUUUAGUACAUUUUUUAGCGAGACAGGAACGGGACACUAUGUACCACGAGCUGUUUUCAUUGAUCUUGAACCAUCAGUAAUUGAUGAAAUUCGUCGAGGUACAUAUGCCAAAUUAUUUCAUCCAGAGCAACUCAUCUCCGGGAAAGAAGAUGCAGCCAAUAAUUAUGCUCGGGGUCAUUAUACAAUCGGCAAGGAAAUUGUCGAUACUGUACUUGAGAAAAUACGUAAAAUAGCUGAUCAAUGUACAGGUUUACAAGGAUUUCUAGUAUUUCAUAGUUUUGGAGGAGGCACAGGAUCAGGUUUUACAUCAUUAUUAAUGGAACGUCUUAGUUUAGAUUAUGGUAAAAAAUCUAAACUCGAAUUUGCUAUUUAUCCAGCUCCUCAGGUCUCAACUGCUGUUGUUGAACCAUACAAUUCAAUAUUAACCACACAUUGUACGUUGGAACAUACCGAUUGUGCUUUUAUGGUUGAUAAUGAGGCUAUUUACGAUAUUUGUCGUCGUAAUCUAAAUGUCGAACGGCCAACAUAUCAUAAUUUAAAUCGCUUAAUAGCACAAAUUGUUUCAUCAAUAACAGCAUCACUUCGUUUUGAUGGUGCAUUAAAUGUUGAUUUGACAGAAUUUCAAACAAAUCUCGUACCUUAUCCACGUAUUCAUUUUCCACUUGUUACUUAUGCACCAAUUUGUAGUGCUGAAAAAGCUGGUCAUGAAGCAUUCAGUGUUCAAGAUAUAACAAAUGCUUGCUUUGAACCAGUCAAUCAAAUGGUCAAAUGUGAUCCACGCAAUGGAAAGUAUAUGGCUUGCUGUCUAUUGUAUCGUGGCGAUGUAGUACCAAAAGAUGUUAAUUCCGCUAUAUCAGCUAUCAAAACAAAACAAUCCAUACGAUUUGUUGAUUGGUGUCCAACAGGCUUCAAAGUCGGAAUCAAUUAUCAGCCACCUGUUGCUGUGCCAGGCGGAGAUGUAGCAAAAGUUCCUCGAGCUGUUUGCAUGAUAUCUAAUACAACGGCUAUUGCUGAAGCAUGGGCACGUCUUGAUCAUAAAUUUGAUUUAAUGUAUGCUAAACGAGCUUUUGUUCAUUGGUAUGUUGGUGAAGGUAUGGAAGAAGGUGAAUUCGCCGAAGCUCGCGAAGAUUUAGCUGCUCUCGAAAAAGACUACGAAGAAGUUGGUGUCGAUACAGCAACCGACGAAGCUCCUGAAGCCGAAGAAUAUUAG